UCAGAGUUCAGAGUAGAGAAUUCAGAUUUUCAGAUUUCGUUACAAAAUUCAAAGGAAAUACCGAAAGCGCAGUACGAGAAUCCAGUUGCUAAUUUCAUUUUAGAGCUCUAUUCAUCAGGCUCUUGAGGAGUAAGAGCUCCAUUCAUCAGGUUCUCGAGGAAUUUAAUCAUUUUCGGGGAAGUCAAAAGGGAGCCAAUGCAAGUCAAUAACCCUCGAAGAAGACCACACAUUCUUCUUGCUGCUUGUGGAUGUGUUGCUGCAGUAAAGUUUAGAUGUAUAUGCCAGGGUUUUUCUGAAUGGGCCGAAGUUCGAGCAGUUGUCACAAAGACAGCAUUGUUCUUCAUCGACCGAGCAUCCUUCCCAAAGAAUUUCUUUCUUUUGAUCGAUGACCAGGAUUGGUACAGUUGGAGAAAACUUGGUGACACCAUGCUUCACAUUCAGCUUUGCAACUGGGCUGACAUUAUGAUAAUCGCUCCACUCUCUGCAAACACACUUGGAAAGAUUGCGGGAGGAUUGUGUGAUAAUCUAUUAACUUGCGUGGUACGAGCAUGGGACUACAGCAAGCCUAUCUUCGUUGCACCUGCCAUGAACGCUUUAAUGUGGAAGAAUCCUUUCACUGAAAAACAUCUUUCGUCCGUUGAUGAUAUUGGAGUUACUCUGAUACGACCACGGUUAAGGGAUGGGGAACACUGCAAUGGCGCCAUGGCCGAACCGGGCCACAUUUCCGCUACUGUGUUGCUAUUCUUAGAGUUACAGCGUAAGAAACAAGAAGCAGCCAGAGCAGUAAGAUUUACGGCGUAAAAUCACGAAGACAAAUUGGAAGAUUUUGUAUGCAUACACAAAGUACAAGCUGCAAUAAUAAUAUAUCUAUAUGCCCCUUCUUCCAUCUCGUGAAGCUCUUCCCUCCCGUGCUUUCACUGAGAUUUGGCGGAGUAGCCUGUAAAUGUCUCUUUUCUUCUCUUCCCAAUUUUUUCUUCUCACUUGUAAUCUUACUUUGCAUCGUUUCGUCUACACCAAUAAAUAACACUUUCAUCUGA